AUGAGCACCUGGCGAGGCGAUGGCGUGGGCGAGCGCGGCGUAUCAUACCAGAAGGGACUGGUGGCCGCAGCCUCUGGUUGCAUUUUCAGGCCUCGACAACUGACAGGGGAGGAGGGGACGGACGUCAUUGCUCAGGAGACCCGCGAGCUGCUUGAAGGAAUUCGCGUGGACCUGAGUCAGUUAAAAGGGUCCGUUGAUCUCAGGGAGAACACGGAGCGUUUAAUGUCUCUCAAGGCUGCACGCCAAUUGAUAGCAUACAAAUGUAUGCUAGACACCGCGGAACAGCAGACAGAGAACGCCACGGCCUCUCAGCAAAUUCCGCACGCUGGAUUCUUUUUCGUUCCCAUGGCAAUGGCCCCAAUGACGCGUCUCACCAUCUGUGACUACCAAGAGAGGGUGACGCAACGACAAACUUCCAAACUCGAGAGGAUUGAUGCAGCUCCGCCUCAGGACCCUCCUCCAUGGAAUUCCUCUACAAGUCUUCAGAGUAGUGAGAAAGCGACAGGGGAAAAGAUAUCCGGUGGAUCUGUUUCUGUUCAGCAUCGAUCAUUGAUUCCUACGGCGAGGAUGGUAUCAGCUGCUAACACGUUACAUGCAUCCAGUGGGGAAGAGAAUUGUUUAAAACAGUCUUCUUCUCCCAAAGAGCAUGGAACCGAUGGUACACCGGAUGAAAUGUUGUUUGUAUCUCGUCUUGACGAGAUGUGGAUACGUGAUUAUUUAAGACGGCUUAACAUUGUGACACGCGAUUCAACGGAGUUGGAAGAACGCAUAGAUGAUCCCGUGCUAAAUGGCGUUGCACUGCGUCAUCUAGUGGAUGUUGCAUUGAAGAGGGAGCGAAAAGACGGGGGCGUUAUGCGCCCUGCGAUCGUGUUAAGACCCAAAAAUUUGGACGAUGUUCGGUUGAAUUAUGUUUCGGCUCUCAAUCUCUUGCGUGCUGCAGAGAAGAAUGCGACGUUUGAAAUCCCUAAGGAAUGUCGUCUCAUACGCCCAGAGGGUGUAAUUGUGCGAGGGGAUUCGGCAGCACUAUUCACGUUAAUGCGCACAGUCGUGGAUACGUAUUUACCGACAAACUGUGAGCAGCUUUGGUCUGCGUCGCCUAUGACGUGGCAAACUUACCCAGAUGGAGGAAGUUAUGCAGCGAGCGCAAUGAGCUCCCUAGAGUUGGCGGUGUGUGCGUUCUUGUGCUCACUGAAUAUCUUGGCAGACCCUGUGCUGCAUCAGUUGCCUCCGGAUGACGCCGUUGUUCCGAAUGCUCUUAUGGCGCCGUUUCUUCCACCACAGCGAAAACUGUGGCAGGUGCGGACCGAUGGUUUUUCUUCAUUGUAUAUUCCAUCGGUGUUUCCAUUUCUCACGAACGGCACGGCAUUGUGUGAUGUGGUGGCAGAGGUCACGGGUAACCGACUUUCUGUUCACCGGAAUCCGAGAGUGAAAUCAAAUUGUAUGGAAAACAUUCAAGCCGCGUUUACGGAGCUCCAAAAAUAUUGUCCUGUGAAGAUGAGUCCCUUUUUUCUUGACGCGCCUGAAUGUGUAUUUUAUGGUGAUCGACGAUACAUCUUGCUACUCCUAGAGGAUGUUAUGCGAAUGGCCAACGGUGUCGUUCCACGGCGACGCGCUCCUUGCUCCAGUGACACACCCUACCUUGGAGGGCAACCUCCCUCUGAGGUUCUGCAUGUACCAAUGACCCAGGCAUCGAGGCCAUCGUUCUCGACCUCACUGCCUGAGGUGCGUGCGCAUCAGUGUUUGGCUGAGUCGGCGGCAUGGCAGUCUGCAAGGGUCAGCGGCAACGAAGAAGGUUUGCGACACCCUGAUGAUUUCACCCCGCGUUGUGUCAUUGCCUCACCGCUUUCGGGACGUCGGGGCGCAGUGUGUACGUCUCUGACUAAGCGAGCAAGCCCCUCUUCUGCGCCGUUAGGUGAGGCAAAUGUCACGGUGAGUACGUUGAAUGCCCCAGUUGCUAUUAUGAGCGGCGUGGAGUACACGGAAGACGAGGUGGAGUUGCUGCGAAAGUGGCUUAUUGCGGUUCUUGGCUCGGACUUUCAUUACACCGCUGCGGAUCACUCCUUCUCCGUCUCCUGUCGUGAUCUCCAGCUGAGCGGCAACUCCCUAAUUUUUUCUGACGGAGUUGUUUUGGCGCAUGUGAUACGUGUUUUGGAGCGGCGUCGCUGCGUGGAGCUGGACUCACUAGAGAUGCAUGCAAAAGCCACCGCAUCAAAGCGACGUAAUAUUAGGAAGUGUGUUUCAUUUUUGCAGACUGAGAAGCGUACGCUGCUCAAUGUUCCCCUGCUUGACGAGAUACUUCUCUCUGGUAAUCGCCUUGGCGUGCUGUAUGUUGUGCACUGCCUUAAGAGUGCCUAUCGCUUUGCUGUGCGGUUAUAG